AUGGCCGAUUUUGUUACAGUUGCGAAUGAGUUCGCUAAAUAUUACUACAACACCUUCGACUCUGAUCGCACUAGACUGGCUCCUCUCUACAGGGAGAACUCAAUGAUGACUUUUGAGACGAACCAACACCAGGGCGUUUCCCCUAUCAUUGAAAAGCUUACAUCAUUACCUUUUGGGAAGGUAACCGGCGAGCUCGUGAUCGAUGACAGCGAACAUCCCCAGCGAUAUUCUCAAUGUUUCCACCUCGUCCCAGAGGGGGAGAGCUACUAUGUACUCAACGAUAUCUUCAGGCUCGUUUACUGCUGA